CCCUUUCCCUCCCCCCCCUCCCCAGGGUGAAUUUUGGGGUUAAAUUUUGACCAGGUUGGACUUUGGGUUUAUUUUCACCUGUUUUAAGGCACCUCCGGUAACUUUUAAGGACUUUUAAUCAUUUUAAAUAUCAAUUUGAUCUUUUUUAGGGGCGGGGGUAAUCAUUUUUAAGGGGAUUUUGAUCAUUUUUAAGGGGGUUUUGGUACUUUUUGAGGGGAAGUUGUUCAUUUUUAACUGGAAUUUUAGUUGUUUUUUGGGGGGUUAUUAAUUUUUAAGGAGCUUUUGAUGAUUUUUAAAGGAGUCUCGAUAAUUUUUAAGGAAAUUUUGAUCGUUUUUAAGGGGGGUUUGCUCGUUUUUCGGCAGGUUUUGACUGUCUUUAAGGCGGUCCGGGAAGUUUUUAAGGGCGUCUCGAUCGUUUUUAAGGAGGUUUUGGUCAUUUUUAAAAGGGUUUUGGCAGUUUUUUAGGAGGUUUUGGUUGUUUUUAAGAAGGUUUUACACUUUUCUAAGAGGUUUUGAGAGCUUUUAAGGAGGUUUUGGUGAUCUUUAAGCGGGUUUGGUCACUUAAGAAAGUUUUGAUCAUUUUUAAGAGAGUUUUGGUCACUUUUAAGAGAGUUUAAUAGUUCCUAAGAGGUUUUUGGCAGUUUUUUAAGGCGAAUUUGGUCGUUCUGAAGCAGUUUUCGGUCGUUUUCGAGCGGGUUUGGUCAUUUUUUGGCAGUUUUUAAGAGGGCCCUGAUAGUUUUUGAGGGCAUUUGGCAGUUUUUAAGUGGGUUUUGAUGGUUUUUAAGUGGUUUUUGGCCACCUUUCAACGCCUUUUUUUGCCACGUCGGGCUUUCACUUCCCCUCCCCCGGGGGCGGGAAAAACUUCCCGGGGGGGUGGUUUGGGGGUAAAAAGGGGGGGUUUGGUCAUUUUUCAGAGCGUUUUGUUACUCUUUGAGGGUGUUUUGUUAAUUUUGAGUGUGUUUUGGGUGCCUUUCGCUGCCUUUUUUGGUGCUGGGAGGCUCUGGGUUUUGCUUCCCUCUCCCCGGGGUUUGUGGGGUGGGUGAAGCUUCCUGGGGGUGUUUCCAGGCGGAAUUUUAAGGGUAAAAAGAGGGUUUUAAGAGGGUUUUAAAUGGGUUUUAUCCCCUCUAACCCCCUUCUUGUCCCCCCCAGCCCCACAUCCCAGUCCUGGGCGCUGAACGACACCGAAGAAGAGCAGUUGGGAGCUCUGGGUGUCAUUUUGGGUGUAAAAUGCGUGUAAAAAGAGGAUUUUAAGAGGGUUUUAACUGUGUUUUAAAUGAUUUUUUUCUCCUCUGAUCCCCUCCUUGUCCCCCCCAGCCCCACAUCCCAGCCGUGGGUGCUGAAUGAUGCCCAUGAAGAGCAGUUGGGAGCUCUGGGUGUUGUUGGUCUGAGUGUAAUUUUGGGGGUAAAAUGGGUGUAAAAAGAGGAUUUUAAGAGGGUUUUAAGAGGAUUUGAAGGGUUUUUUCCCCUCUAACCCCCUCCUUGUUCCCCCCUCAGCCCCACCGCCCAGCGCUGGGUGCUGAAGGAUGCCAAAAAAGAGCAGUUGGGAGCUCUGGGUGUCAUUUUGGGUGUAAAAAGAGGGUUUUAAGAGGGUUUUAAUUGGGUUUUAAAUGAUUUUUUUCUCUCUAACCUCUUCAUUGUCCCCCCUAGACCCAUGGCCCGGCCCUGACCGCUGAAGGAUGCCGAAGAAGAGCAGUUGGGUACUCUGGGGAGCGGCGCUUUUCCUCGCCUGGAACGGCCUCCUGCCGCUCUUCCUGUGGAGCCGCCCCCCGUCCCCUCCCGGGGGCUCCGAGGGCUCCUCUUCCCUGCCCUUGGAGCUCAUCCGGCUGGCCCAGGAUGCCGAGGCCAAGCUGGAGCGGCAGAAGGAACUGCUGCACUAAAUCCACCGGCUCAACGGGCUCUGGGAGCUGUGGCGGCGCCAGAAGGCACCGACAACCCCCCUCCCCCAGGUUUCUGUGGGACCGAGCUUGGAGGAUGCGGCGCCGCCAGUGCUGCCGGUGCUGGUGCUGGCAUGCGACUGCAGCACGGUGCGGUGCUGCCUGGACAAGCUGCUGCGCUACCGGCCCUCAGCGCGGCGGCACCCGGUGAUCGUGAGCCAGGACUGCGGGCACGCCGAGACGGCGCGGGUCAUCGCCUCCUACGGCGACGCCGUGGCCCACAUCCGGCAGCCCGACCUCAGCGACAUCCUGGUGCCCCCCGAGCACAAGUUCCAGGGCUACUGCCGCAUCGCCCGCCACUACCGCUGGGCCCUGGGCCGGGUGUUCUGCGUCUUCUGCUACCGUGCCGCCAUCGUGGUGGAGGACGACCUGGAGGUGGCCCCGGACUUCUUCGAGUACUUGGAGGCGGCGCUGCCGCUGCUGCGUGACGACCACACGCUCUGGUGCGUCUCGGCCUGGAACAACGGCCGCGAGCAGAUGGUGGACGUGUCGCAGGCCAAGCUGCUCUACCGCACCGACUUCUUCCCCGGGCUGGGCUGGCUCCUGCUGGCCGAGCUCUGGGACGAGCUGGAGCCCAAGUGGCCGCGGGCAUUCUGAGAUGACUGGAUGAGGCAGCCAGAGCAGCGUCAGGGCCACUCGUGCGUCCGGCCCGAGGUGUCCCGCACCAUGACCUUCGGCAGGAAGGGCGUGAGCCACGGCCAGUUCUUUGACCAGUACCUGAAGUUCAUCAAACUCAACGACCGUUUAGUGCCUUUCACCCGGCUGGACCUCUCUUACCUCAAGAAGGAUGAGUACGAGCGCUCCUUCCUGCCCAGGGUCUACUCCGCGCCCGAGGUGAGGGUGGAGGAGCUCCAGGACAACAGGAGAAGGGAUUUCGGGGCCGUCAGGCUCCAGUACAGCGGCCGAGACACCUUCAAAGCCUUCGCCAAAGCUUUGGGGCUCAUGGACAACCUCAAAUCCGGCGUCCCCCGCGCCGGCUACCGCAGCAUUGUCAGCUUCGUGUACCGGGGCCGCCGCAUUUACGUGGCACCCCCCCGGGACUGGACGGGCUACGACCCCACCUGGAGUUAGCAUUCGCCCCCUCAAAGCACUUUGGGGGGGUUCUCCCCCUCUUUUAGGGGUUUGGGGGUGGGUUUGGUGCCAGUUUCAGUGCCCCCAGGCCGAGCGCCGCUCGCUGGCGGGGUCCAAAGGUGGUUUUGCAGAAUAAAAGGUCAAAACCAGAAAUUCCGCCUCAGAAUUCCCACCCGUGGCUCCUGCUCGGAGUUGGCACCUGCUCCUGGAAAAGUUUUGGGGGGGUUGCCCUCAUUAUUUUAGGGGUUUGGUGCCCCAGCCGAGCGUCUCUCGGUCGCCACUGCUCACAGUGCUGAAAGGUUAUUUUGCAGAAUAAAAGGUCAAAAAUGGAAA